AUGUUUAGUAAUUUUUGCACUUUUUGGGCUGGUUUAUCAACAACAACUAUAGUAGUUUGUCUACUUGAAGGAACCGCACUGUCUAUAGUAUUGCUCGUAAUUAAUGGAGUGGGUACUACUAUAGACGUUGCAUUGACCACGGGAGUGGGGGUUGGUGAAAUCGGUGCGCUUGAAGACGCAAUUAUUGGACCAAACAAAUCUCUUCUUAAAUUCCGUAAUUCAAAAGGCGUCGCACUUCUUAUGAUUGUAAUUAUCAUAUAA